UUAUAACCGACCUGGGAUACGAAAAACCUCAAACAAUCAUACUCAACAUACUAGAAUCCUUCCAAGAAGAAUUAUUGAGGAUGGUACACAAGAACAGAGAAAAGAAUAAUACAAAGUAGCUAGAGAAUAAAAGACAAACCCUAGCUACUCUCUAAGUAGUAGUAAGGGUAACAUCUGAGUGUUACAAGAUAAAAUUGGAUGUGAUCGCUUGGUGUUGUUGUGUCAUUGAGUGAACAAUCAAAGAAUGAUCUUGAUUGACGAGGUUAUCGGCACGUUAAUUUGAUCAUGUGGGUCGUUCGAUGUAGCAAUGUGAUAACUGUUUCACGAUUCAACAAUUAAGAUACGGAACUAUUUAUCACCGGUUCGAUUUUCGGGGCUAGGUUUAGAAGGCACGGGUAUUUGUGCAAUUAAUGAAAGAUGGAAGGGGUAGCACGGUAAACAUCCAACGGCAAUCAGGGGGGCGGAUUCACACCCACCAAGUACAGCAGUAAUUGCCUCACACGUGUCCCGGGUGUCAAUUUCGUGAAUAAAACAAGAACCAAACCCAACCGUCCAGAUCACGUCAAGUUCCCCACGCCGUCAGAUCAUAACCCUACGCUUUGUACAGUAAAUGUCUACAAGGUCACUAUAGUAAAUUCCAUCACAAACCACUCCCCUCAGUUCUCUAUAAAAGGAUCCGGCCGCCGCGAAGAACCAGGGUAAAUAAAGAGGAAUCGGAAAUCUGAUAAAAUCUCUCUCUCACCGCCGCCGCCUGGAAAAAAAAUAAUCCCCAAUAAAAAACCCUAAUUUUCUCAGAGACAUUCCUCUCGUGGGGAAUGCAGAGAGAUGGUAGGAGCUUCGUUGCAAAAUCCUGAGCUGUGCAUCCGCGCCCAGAGGUGCAUCGGCGGCAGGAAUUGCCACCGGAAACACGUCGAGGACGGGUGAUCCCCGGCCUCCGGCCGAUUCCGCUUCAGUCCUUCCUUCCCCCCUACCUUCUCAAUCUCUCUGUUCUUUCAAUUUUUCGAUUCUGUAAAUUCUUCGGGAGUAGCUAGUCCGUCAGUCGAUUCACAGAUCUCAGCAAUGGCGGAGCGAAACAGAGACGGCCAGCCGACUCUGCUCCACGGGAAAUACGAGCUCGGCCGGAUGCUCGGCCACGGCACCUUCGCGAAGGUGUACCACUCGCGCAACCUCCACUCCGGCAAGAGCGUGGCGAUGAAGGUCAUCGGCAAAGAGAAGGUGAUCAAAGUCGGGAUGAUGGACCAGAUCCAGCGCGAGAUCUCGGUGAUGAAGAUGGUGAAGCACCCGAACAUCGUCGAGCUCCACGAGGUGAUGGCGAGCAAGUCCAAGAUCUACAUCGCCAUGGAGCUCGUCCGCGGCGGCGAGCUCUUCUCCAAGGUCGCCAGGGGCCGGCUGAGAGAAGACGCCGCGAGAGUCUACUUCCAGCAAUUGAUCUCCGCCAUCGAUUUCUGCCACAGCCGCGGCGUCUACCACCGAGAUCUGAAACCGGAGAACCUCCUCCUCGACGAGGAGGGCAACCUUAAGGUCACCGAUUUCGGGCUCAGCGCCUUCUCCGAGCAUCUGAAGCAGGACGGGCUCCUCCACACCACCUGCGGCACGCCGGCGUACGUCGCGCCGGAGGUCAUCGGGAAGAAAGGGUACGACGGCGCCAGAGCCGAUCUCUGGUCCUGCGGCGUCAUCCUCUACGUCCUCCUCGCCGGGUUUCUCCCUUUUCAGGACGACAAUCUGGUCGCCAUGUAUAGAAAAAUCUACAGAGGCGACUUCAAAUGUCCGCCGUGGUUUUCCUCCGAGUCCCGCCGCCUCGUCACCAAGCUGCUCGACCCCAACCCGGCCAGCCGAAUCACCAUCUCGAAGGUCAUGGAGUCGUCCUGGUUCAGAAAAUCCAUCCCCAAAACCGUCCGCAGCAAGGAGGAGAUCGAAUUCGACGCGUUCAAUUGCGAAGAAGACGAAUCGAAAUCGGAGAAAUCGAAGGAGACGCUGAACGCAUUCCACAUCAUCUCGCUGUCUGAAGGUUUCGACCUCUCGCCGCUGUUCGAGGAGAAGAAGAAGAUGGAAAAGGAAGAGCUGAGAUUCGCCACGACUCGCUCCGCCAGCAGCGUGAUCUCGAGGCUGGAAGAGGUCGGGAAAGCAGGGAAAUUCAGCGUGAAGAAGAGCGAGACGAAGGUGAAGCUGCAAGGUCAGGCGAGCGGGAGGAAAGGGAAGCUCGGGAUUCAGGCGGAGAUCUUCGCCGUGACACAGUCGUUCUUCGUCGUGGAAGUGAAGAAGGAUAAUGGAGAUACUCUGGAGUACAACCAGUUCUGCUCCAAGGAGCUCAGACCGGCGCUCAAGGACAUCCUCUGGACCUCUGCCGCUGCCGCCGUCGUCGACCACUCCACCGUCGCUUAACCAUCCGUUGUAGUUUGUGAAGUUGUGAUUGGGGAAUUAGAAUUUGUUAUGUGGAAGUGGAAUUGACCUUUUCUGCCAUUGUUGAUCAUUAAAGUUUGGUUUUGUUAAAGCUUUACUGUGAAAGGUGUGUGCUUUUUGUGUAUGUUUGUUUGGAUGAUGAUGGGUUUCGAUCGCCAUGAAUGACUUGGUUGAAGGAAUCAAGGAAAGUUGGGUGGGUAUAUACGUCUGUAUGGACUUUCUGGUACAGAGGGUGACAUCUCCAUUUUCAAUUCUCUAAAGAAUGAGACUUUUUACCUAUAGAUGCUUUCCCCUUGGUAAGUGGAAACCACAUAGGCAAUUCUACUUAUCAUAAUAACUCAGUCAUGAUCAUGGAGAGCCUCCAUGAUUUGUGUAAAGAGAAUGAUAUAAGAUUCAUUGUUCCUGUUACAACGAAAUUGACCCCGAUUCAGUCAACAUCUAUCUAUUGUGUUUACUGUUUAGCAUUCAGUAACAAGAUCUGUAAAUUCUGCAACGUAGAAUCCUAUUAACCUAGGGUGACUAACUGUUUAGAGCCAAGGAAUCUACUACGAGAGAGGGGAGUAGAUUAAUGGUGUGAGAUCAAGCGAGAAAAUUGUCUUCUUCUUGGUUGAGAUUUGCAGACUGAGACACUGAGUGAUGGUGGUUGAGAGAGAGCAGGGGAAGCCACAUGGGGAAACAGAGCAGGCGGUGAAGGGCCAGCCAGCAAACGGCCAUCGAUUAAAACCUGGUUCUGUGGUCCUGAAACAGCCUGACGAGAAUCAAUGUGUCCAUCAAGAACGAAAGCAAUGCACCUUUGGUUGCGACUUGCGAGCUUUCUGGUCUGCCACCUUUUCUCUGUUUUGGCCAUAUAUGUCCCUUGCAAGUUGUGGCUUGGCCCGUGUAUCGACGAUAAUUAUUGUUCACCUUGCAACAACAAGAAGAACUGAUAUUGUUGCUAGCUAGCUCCUUGUUGCCCAUCCUUCUAUGGGAACCGAGUGCUAAGAUACUCAUGCUCGAGUUUGUGUCAGUCGGUUUGAGUUAGUGGGAUCAAUCGCGGUUCAUUGUAUUUGAUUGUCGUCCUGUUCAUACAAGUAACCACCAUAUAUGUACAUGGUCGUUGACUUGCUCAAUAUCCGCGACUAGGAGGAGGAGAGGAUGUAAAUGUUUUUAACUAUUAAUAUAUAAGAAAUACGUUUUUUUCGU